UGCAAAAACCAAAUAAAGUAAAUAAAUAAAUAAAUAAGCGGGCGGCGGGAGCGCGCGGCGCGUGCACACAACAUCCUAGCGCGGCAAAAAAAGAAGGGGGAAAAAAAGCAGAGCAGAGCGGAGGCGAACAUCAUGAUGAUGAUGGGGAUGGUAGCAUUGGAAGGAGAUGCUGCUCUUGCUGCUUCUGCUUCUUCUUCUUCCCCCGUUUCUGCUGCAGCACUCGCCUUCCCGCAGCGGUUCAGGAUCAGGUGAAUGACUGCCCGCAAUUCCUCAGGCAAGUCUGAGGACUAUGCCCAAACCACCCUGGCCCUUCCUUCAGCCAUGGAGAGUCCCAUGUUUGACACCAUCCUGGAGACGACGGACGGGGUAACUCCAGACCCCAGCUGGACCCUGCCCUAUCCAUUGGGCUUCCAGGUCUCACUGACAGGCUUCCUGAUGUUGGAAAUUGUCCUGGGAGUGAGCAGCAACCUGACUGUCCUGGUUCUGUAUUGCCUCCAGGCUGGUCUCGUCGACUCGGUCAGCAACAUGGUGACCAUGAACUUGCACGUGCUGGACGUGCUCAUCUGUGUGGUCUGCGCACCACUCACUAUGGUGGUGGUCUUGGUGCCGCCUGACCGUGCCACCACCCUGCUCUGCUGCUUCCAUGAAGCUUGUAUCACCUUCAGCAGUGUAGCCACGGCCACCAAUGUGUUGGUGAUCAGCCUGGAUCGUUAUGACAUCUCUGUACGCCCAGCCCAGCGUGUGUUGACCCCCGCCCGUGCCAUCUUACUCCUGGCUGGAGUCUGGGUCCUGUCCCUGGCUGUCUUCUUCAUCCCCUUCCUUGAGGGAGAAUUUGGCCAUGCCAGCAAUUGGCAGAACCGCACGGUGCUCUGCGUGGGACCUGAGGAAUUCCACGCCGAGCUAGGCACCUCUUAUCACCUGGCUAUCCAAAUUCCUACUUUCUUUGCAGCUGUGGCUGUCAUGCUGGUCACUUACGCAAAGAUCUUACAGGCUCUCAACAUCAGCAUCGGCAGUACCUUCAAGCGCAGCCAGCGCCGCAAGACUAAGAAGAGGAAGCGGCGGAAAUCAGCAGAGCCUGGCACCAUCAUGGUGAGCAGUGGAGUGGAAGCCAAGCGGCGGUCCCAACCCAUACCCGCGCUCCCUGCCCCGCCCCCCAUGGGAGUACAAGCCUCCGUCUCUGUGAUCAUUGCGCUGCGGCGGGCGGUGAAGCGCCACCGGGACCGGAGGGAGCGCCAGCGGCGAGUUUUCCGCAUGUCCCUUCUCAUCAUCUCAACCUUCCUGUUGUGCUGGGCACCCUUGUCCAUCGCCAAUCUGCUCAUCCUGUGCCUCGGGCCCAGCCCCUUGCUGGGCAAGCUGCGUAUCUGCUUCCUAGCCAUGGCCUAUGGCACCACCAUCUUCCACCCGCUCCUCUAUGCCUUCACCCGCCAGAAGCUGCGCAACGUCCUCCGCAGCAAGCUGAAGAAGCGGGUAGUGUCGGCACUGCAGGUGGACCCUGCGCCAGGUGGCACAGUCAUCCACAACUCCUGGGUGGAGCCGCCACGCAAAACCUGCAAAGGCAGGCCACGGGCUAGCGAUGGGGCUGAGCAUUGUCUCACCGAGGCCACUAAGGAGUGAGGUGUCAAUGCUUAGUCUUCAGAAAUGGCUACCAGGAGAGCUUGGGUGGGUGUACUAUGAGACCACUGCCUCACCCAAGCUGGUGAGCAGUGGGUACCAAACACUCAAUGCCCCCCAACCCAUUAUUGAAGGAAGGCACGGUGCCCUCCUCUUGAGGUCACCAGAAACUACACAAAAUGGUGCUAGCUCCUCAGAUUGAUGCCACUAAGGGGAGAAGUCAGGGAGGGAGGGUUAAGUGAGGUCAUGUCAGAUGAGAGGGGCAGCCACCAACACCUCACGGAAACCUCAACUGUUCUCCUUGUACAUGGGAUGGCAAUAUUGAUCCAUCACUAUAGUCUCUUCCCACGCCCAUUGGGGAAACAGUCUAACUUUCUGAUGAAGAAUUAGGCCUUCCUGUCUGUGGUACUGACUAAUUUACCACAACACAUGAGUCCCUUGAGUAUUACCACUAUUACUAAUGUUACUACUCCGUAUUUAUAUAGUGCCAAGAGUUACACGAGGGAUCCCGCUCAGGUGCAUUCCCCUCUGUGUACAGCUGUCUCACUCCACAAGUGAGCUGUCACAGAGGUACACAACCAGAGGCCUAAUAAGUCCACACACAAGCCUCCUUUAAUGCAGGUUAAAUACAGGAGGGACAAAUGCUCUGGUUACUGAGGGAAGACGAAGAAGGAAAAGGCCUUGGACGGGCCAUUUGUGUGUGGUGAGAUGGAGUUAUGAAUAGCUAGAAUCAGCUUGGACCUCACACUGCUCUCCGCUCCGUUGCGAUGCCAUGCUUUUAUCUUCAGAGCCCCUUUAGAAUAGGCAAACUGUGUACUGUUUUAGGUCCAGUGUGUUGGGCUUCCAGCCAUCUCCCAACCUUGCAAAAAGCAAGACGGGUUCUUAGAGUUUACGUCUUCCCUAGACAAGUAGGCAUCACCCCAAAAAGCUUAUAGUAGGCUCUGCUCCUCAAUCCAUCUUCCAUAUUCAUACCAGUAUCCCC